CCGAAAGUUUUUCUUGUUCAAUUUUUUCCCCAUCCACUUCGUUCGAGCGAACCCUAGCCCCUGCUCAAGGCUUCAACUGUUGAGAAGAUAAAUAAGAAUCUACGCAUUGAGAUUAGUGACUUAAAACAUUCGCUUGAAGAGUCCAGGCAACACCUAGAUAUAGAGGAGAAGAAGAUGGGAGCACGGGAUCUGUUCUAUAGGCAACACCUAGAUAGAGAGGAGAAGAAGAUUGGACCGUCACCCUCAUCUGGCCAAGCUCAUCAAGUUAAGCCUAAGUACUUUUGGGGUAAUGAUCCAGAGAGCGAAGAAGCGUAUUAUGCUUCGCAAAACAUACGGUCCACGAGUUCCUUUUUCACAUCAGGAUCAUUAUCCCUCUUCACUCGUUGCUGGCUACCACCUGAGAGUAGACCCCAACGCGGCCUGGUGUUGAUGAUCCAUGGGUACGGUAACGACAUCAGCUGGACCUUUCAGUCCACACCCAUCUUCCUGGCCCAGAACGGCUACGCCUGCUACGCUCUGGACCUCCCUGGCCACGGCAGAUCCCAAGGCCUGCUCAAGGCCUUCGUGCCGGAUCUCAAUGCUGCUAUCGACCACUGCAUUGCCUACUUCAAUUCCGUCAUCAAUCUCAACUAUCAGCAGCAGCAGCAGCAGCAUCUCAAAUGCUUCUUGUACGGAGAGUCCAUGGGCGGAGCCAUCUGCCUCUUGAUCCAUCUCCUGCGCCGCGUUGAGUUCAGCGGCGCUGUCCUUGCGGCUCCCAUGUGCAAGAUUUCAGACAGGAUAAGACCCAGGUGGCCUAUCCCCAGCAUCCUCAGUUUGCUUGGAAGGUUCAUGCCAACCCUUCCUAUCGUCCCUACUGCCAACCUUGUUGAGAAGUCAGUGAAGGUGGAGGAGAAGAGGGCCAUUGCCUCUGCUAAUCCCUUGAGCUACCUAGGCAAGCCCAGGCUGGGCACUGUGCUUGAGCUGCUGAGGGCCACUGACGAUCUCAGCUCCAGGCUCUCUGACGUCACCAUCCCCUUCCUUGUUCUCCAUGGGAGUGCUGAUGUUGUCACAGACCCAGAAGUGAGCAGAGAUCUGUACGAGAAGGCAAAGAGCGAGGACAAGACCGUCAAGAUCUACGAGGGGAUGAUGCAUUCCCUCCUCUUCGGGGAGACCGACAGCAAUGUGGCUAUGGUCAGGGCAGAUAUCCUGGAAUGGCUCAAUCACAGAACCAAUCCCAAUUGACAACUUUCACAAAAGCAUCAGCCGCAACCAACAGGAGCAAGGUGCUAUCUGCAGCUACAUUCAUCAAAUUCGUAAUAUCAUUGUCAUACUGUAUACAAUUAAGUUGGUUAAUUUACAGCGACAAAGUAAGCAAACAUUCUGUCACGUGUUUAUUCAGUUGAUUUUACUUUGUAUCGACUGCUUAGCUGUGUAACUUGAUGAUAUAUUUCGAUUCCUCUUGCUGCAUUACA